AAAAAAAUAAAUCGAGGGUUAUCAAAAAGCUACUAGAUUUGAAGCAACAAAUCGUUUCUCGUUUCCCGCUUCCGAGGGAUUGUGGCGCGGGUACCGGUGUUUUGUGUAAAGAAAUUUGUGAGGCGGUGACCGUUGGCACACACACUCACCAUGUCUGACGAGGCCAAGGAGCUGAAGGACAAGGCGACGGACGAGGAGGGAGCCGAGGAGGAGGAGGAGUACUCGGUCGAGAAGGUGCUCUCCAAACGCAUCCGAAACGGAAAGCUCGAGUACCUCCUCAAAUGGAAGGGAUAUUCAGAGGCUGGCACUGUGGCUGACCCGAGACGCCGUUCCAGUGAGGACAACACCUGGGAGCCGGCCGAGAACCUCGACUGCCCAGAGCUGAUCUCCGCAUUCGAGGAGGCCGACCGCAAGAAGAAGGAGAAGGAGAAGGAAAAGAAGCGGAAGACGGGCGCCGGCGGCGCUGGAGACGACUCGACCAAGAAGAAGAAGAAGCCGGCCGAGGACGACUCGAAGCCGCGCGGCUUCGACCGGGGCCUGGAGCCGGAUCGGAUCAUCGGCGCUACCGACUCGAGCGGCGAGCUCAUGUUCCUCAUCAAAUGGAAGGGCAGUGACGAGGCGGACCUGGUGCCGGCGCGACAGGCCAACGUGCGCUGUCCGCAGACGGUCAUCCAGUUCUACGAGGAGCGGCUUACCUGGCACACGUCCAACGCCGACGAGGAGGAUAAGAACUAGGCUCGCGCGCGCGCACGCGCGGUCUCUCAUCGGUCGGCCGGGCGCCGCCGCCACACUCCAUUUAUCAUCAUGGGCUGAAACUGGGCGGGAGGGGUGUCUCGGGGGCGGGGUCAGGGGAGGGCGGGGAUGUCGGGUAGGGUGUUCGCGCGCUGAGGUGUCUCGGACCGGCGGCCUCGGGCGCGGCGGGCGGGGCACGCCCACAGCCAAGCACAGUGACCUGCAGGAGCGUUCGGUCAGCGCCGUUUUCAUGUCUUAUUCCUGAGUUUUGGCCAUUCAUCAUUGUGUAGCAUUGUCCUUUUAAUAAAGGCUCCUUAGUGUGA